UCGUUAACGUGAAGCAACAGUGAAAUGGCGAAAAAGACGUACGAUCUGUUGUUCAAAUUACUGCUGAUCGGUGACUCAGGAGUCGGCAAGACCUGUAUAUUGUUUAGAUUUUCGGACGAUGCCUUCUCCACCACGUUCAUCUCUACCAUAGGUAUCGAUUUUAAAAUCAAGACAGUGGAAUUAAGAGGAAAAAAAAUCAAGUUACAGAUAUGGGAUACUGCAGGCCAAGAAAGAUUUCAUACCAUUACUACAUCAUACUACAGAGGUGCAAUGGGUAUUAUGCUUGUUUAUGAUAUUACUAACGAAAAAACAUUUGAAAAUAUUGUCAAAUGGUUGAGAAACAUUGAUGAACAUGCAAAUGAAGAUGUAGAAAAAAUGAUAUUAGGGAAUAAAAGUGAUAUGGAAGAGAAACGUGUUGUCAGCACAGAAAGAGGAGAAGCGAUAGCAAGAGAGCAUGGUAUCAGGUUUAUGGAAACAUCUGCAAAGGCUAACAUCAACAUUGAUCGCGCAUUUAGUGAAUUGGCUGAAGCAAUAUUGGAGAAAACACAUGGGAAAGAACCCCAAGAUGCUCCUGAUAGGGUAACAGUUGAUCGAAGGGUGGAGAGAAGUUCUACUCGGUGCUGCUAAUUUUAUAUUAUUUAUUUUAACGGCGCAUAAUAAACUAUAUAUCAGCUCGUGCCACUCAAAAUAGAUUUGUGGAUAGAUUUAGAGCAUAAUUUAAAGCAUAAUAGUAAAAUUAAUCUCUUCACAACACUGCCUAAUCAAAUUCAUUUCAACUUGUUUGAU